AUGGCUCAGCAUUUCCAUAUCGCCCACCUUUCGGCCCACAAACCCAAGGAGACUUCCAGUCCUUCGACCAUCCUGCAACUCGCUAGCCGGCUGCUGCCUGCACCUGGACAUGCCGGACUCAAAGAGUUGGAGGGUGGUCGAAACCCGAAAGAACCUGUGGCUCCUUGGCCGCAGGAUAGUGUUGUGAGUGAAGAGAAAUGGGAGGCGAACCAUCCCUCACCAGAUGGGCUUCCAAAACAAAAGAAAGUCGUCGUAGUCGGUGCCGGCAUUGCUGGCCUUCGUGCUGCAUCCGUCUUGAGAGCUCAUGGAAUUCAAGUCGUUGUACUCGAGGCCCGCCCUGAUCGCAUCGGUGGACGUAUCUACACAAGUAGGAAACCAGGGCAUGCUCCACGAGACAUUGGUGCCGCCUGGAUGCACGAAACUGCAAACAACAAACUGGUUCGCCUCAUAGGCCAGCUCAAUAUCGAGCAUUACUAUGAUGACGGUACUCCUUUGUACUUUACCAAAGAUGGACGUCUCGGCUCUCAGUUCAAAGCCAAAAAGGUGGCCGACGAAUUCGCCGACUACUGUGCCUGGUACUAUGACGAGAACCCUGAUGCUGAGGACAAACCCGCCCUCGACUUCAUCAAAGAAUGGCUUGAGAACCAUCCCUUGGUGACUGAGGACGAACGCCUUUGGGCUCCACAAGCUGCUCGUGAAGUCGAGGCUUGGAUUGGGACCAGUCUCGAACAAGCCUCUUCAAAACAUCUUGCCUAUUUCGCGACCGAGAGAAACCUCUACAUGAAAGGAGGUUAUGAUAGAAUCAUCGAGUGGGCCGCUUCUGGUCUCCGUGAUGCCGACACUAUCCGCCUCGGUCACAAAGUCACCAAGAUCGAUUGGACCGAUGCAGACAACGAAGACUGUAAGGUUCACGUCACCACCCCUGACGGCCAAUCCUCUACUUUCGUUGCCGACGCCGUUGUCUGUACACUUCCACUCGGUGUGCUCAAGAAUAACUUGGUCGAGUUGAAUCCUCCACUUUCCUCAGAUCUUUCGUCCGGUAUCGAAAAACUGGGCUAUGGAGCUCUCGGCAAGAUUUUUGUGGAGUUCGAGUCGGUCUUUUGGCCCAAGGACAACGAUCAAUUUAUCUACUACCCUGAGCCAAACGAAGAAGUGGAUGAAAACUCCAUUCUUUCCUACAUGACCGUCACCAGCAACAACUGGAUCAUGGGCGGUAGCAAAGAGUUGUCGGUUCAGAUUGUCGAGCCGCUCACUCAACGCAUUGAAGCUAUGAAAUCCGAGGAAGAGAUCUUCGCAUUCUUCGAACCACUUUUCAAACUCCUUCGAACCGAACCCUACAAGAAGCUUCCUCCGGUAGUGAGUCUGGAAACGACUCACUGGACUCAGGAUCCCUUUGCCGGGUUUGGUACCUAUACCGCGGAUAAGACGGGCGAUGACCCCGAAAUUUGGUUCAGUGCAAUGGAUAGCAACAAGGGCAGCAAGCUGCAAUUCGCCGGAGAACACUGCGCGCGGACUGGAAAUGGAUGUGUGCAUGGCGCAUUUGCGACUGGCGAGACUGCCGCCGUCAACCUUUUGGCUUCUUUUGGAAUCCCCCACAACGGUGGAGAUCUUUUCAGUCGAAGACCAUCAAGGAAGACACCACCUAGACAUUAA